UCACAUGCUUGUCUUACCGGAUGCCUGAAAUCUUUAUUAGAAAAUCAGCACCCACCUUCUCUCAUACUUUUUUUUCCCGUCUUAUUAUGUUAUUAACCAAGUCAUCUUCUUUCAUGUUAAAGACUUCUUUUGGUGAACUUGCUUUUCUCUUUCCUUAUGUUUUUUUGGCUAUUAUAUACAGCAAAAAGCUAUAAUAGCAUACAGCAAAAAAAAGCAAAUUAAUCAAAUGAAACAUUAGUUGAUUCGAGGCUCAAUCUUUGCAAAGAGUUUGUAUUUGGAAGAAUCAUGGGUCGAUUUGGCAGCUCAAGACAUGUAAGAGUUGAAGCUGAGCCUAGGGGAUUAGAUGACCUCCAGGGAAUCAAUGGUGUGGAAAUGACAAAGCUUAGGCACAGAUUUAAUGUGUCUCAAGUACCUGAUCUGACGUCCAGGAAGGAUAUUACAGAUAAGGCAGAGAAAACUUCAAAAGUAUUGCACAGAGUGUUUUCUGAGGAUUAUGAGAAGGAAAAGAACAAGAUAUUGGAUCCUAGAGGGAAAAUUUUACAUAUGUGGAACAAGAUUUUCUUAGGGGCAUGCUUGCUUUCUAUCUUUGUCGAUCCUUUAUUCUUUUACCUGCCAAUAAUCAGAAAAGAACUCUGCAUAGAAAUUGCAGUAUCCCUCAAAAAAGUCCUUACCCUCAUAAGAUCAUUGCUUGAUGUGUUUUAUGUGAUUCAUAUAAUAAUUAGAUUUCAUACAGCUUAUGUUGCACCAUCUUCCCGCGUUGUUGGGAGAGGAGAGCUUGUUAUAGACUCAUCAAAAAUUGCAUUAAGCUAUCUAAGAAAAAGCUUUUUGUUAGACCUCUUUGCUGCACUUCCCAUUCCUCAGAUAUUUGCUUGGGUAAUUCUUCCCAAUCUUGAAGGUGUUGUAGUGACAAAGAGAAGGGACCUUCUUUGGCUCAUUCUUGUGCUUCAGUACGUUCCAAGAAUUUGUCUUUUAUUCCCCCUUUCUUCACAAAUUAUAGAGGGUGCUGGUGUUGUGAGUAAAAAAGCACGGACGGGAGCUGCUUACAAUCUUUUGCUUUUCAUGUUGACAGGCCAUGCUUCAGGAGCUUGGUGGUACCUUCUAUCAAUGGAGCGACAAGAAGACUGCUGGAAAAGUGCCUGCAAUCUUGAGAAUCCACAAUGUCAAAUUGGAUUUUUCGAUUGCCGCAUGGUUGAAGAUCCUCACAGGAUUGAGUGGUUCAAGUCAAGCAAUGUCACGAGUCAAUGUGAUCCGAAUAAUAACUUGUUUCCAUUUGGCAUAUACAGUGAUGCAGUGAUAUACAAUGUUCAAGGUUUAGCAUUCUUGAGGAAAUACUUUUACUGCCUCUGGUGGGGUUUAAAGAACCUGAGUACUCUGGGCCAAAGUUUUACUACAAGCAUUGACAUUGGAGAAAAUAUAUUUGUGAUCAUCCUUGUGACUCUUGGUCUUAUACUUCUUGCAUUGCUCAUUGGAAAUAUGCAAAGAUACCUCCAAUCCACAACCAUCCGGCUAGAAGAAUGGAAGAUUAAGAGAACUGAUACAGAACACUGGAUGCAUCAUAGGCACCUACCUCCAGAUCUAAGGCAGAUUGUUCGAAAAUAUGAUUUAUAUAAGUGGCUGUCUACUAAAGGGGUUGAUGAAGAAUCCCUCGUCAAAAGCCUUCCUACUGAUCUUCAGAGAAAAGUGAAAAACCACCUUUGCUUUGACCUCCUUCGACGAGUGCCAUUGUUUAAUCAAAUGGAUGAAACUAUGCUAGAUGCAAUAUGUGAGAGGCUUAAGGCUGCAUUGUGCACCAGAGGCAUGUUUCUUAUGCGUGAAGGUGAUCCUGUCAACCAAAUGGUUUUCAUAAUAAGAGGUCGCCUUGAUUCUUACACCGCCAAUGGUGGCCGUGCUGGAUUUUUGGACUCCUAUCUUAUCGGACCAGGUGACUUCUGUGGUGAGGAGUUGGUGACAUGGGCAUUGGAUCCACGGUCCAAUAUCCCCCUUCCAUCAUCCACACGCACAAUCAAGGCCAUUACUGAAGUGGAGGCAUUUGCUCUAGUAGCAGAAGAUUUGAAAUUUGUAGCAUCACAAUUUAGAAGGGUGAAUAGUAAACAGCUUAGGCACAAGUUCAGGUUCUAUUCUCAUCAGUGGAGAACAUGGGCAGCAUGUUCUAUACAAGCAGCUUGGCGCCGCCAUAAAGAAUUUAAGAGAAUUGCUGAACUGGGUGGCAGUGAGCUUGAAAUGCAACCACCAAGGUCGUUCUGGGAUAGGUAUGCGGAGAGUCUGAUUGAAAGCACAAGAAGGAAUAUCAAACAUAAGCAACAAGGGCUAGAGAAGCCAGCUGAGCCAGACUUUUUGGCAGACUAAAAGUGAAAGGAAUGCACUUUUAACGCCAUUGUUUCUUUCUCAAUUGCUUAAGAAUUUAGACUACAAAUGAAAAAAAAAAAUUGUAUUGGUUGUUUUAUUAAUUAUCAGCAAGCAUCCUGUUUGUUUGUGCUUGAUCCUCAAGUGAAAUUGUCUCACACAUAAAUGAAUAAAUAUUUCUAUAUUGAUCA